AUGGAAAGCAAGGCCAGUAGUACAUCCUUGUUACCAACACCAAGUUUUCAAUUUCUCUCUUUUCCUCCCUCCGUCUGUCUCUCUCUUUUCCUCCCCUCCGUCUGUCUCUCUCUUUUCCUCCCUCCGUCUGUCUCUCUUUUCCUCCCUCCGUCUCUGUCUCUCUCUUUUCCUCCCUCCGUCUGUCUCUCUCUCUUUUCCUCCCUCCGUCUGUCUCUCUCUCUUUUCCUCCCUCCGUCUGUCUCUCUCUCUUUCCUCCCUCCGUCUGUCUCUCUCUCUCUCUUUUCCUCCCCCUCUGUCUCUCUCUCUCUCUUUUCCUCCCCUCCGUCUGUCUCUCUCUCUCUUUCCUCCCUCUCCGUCUCUCUCUCUCUCUUUUCCUCCCUCCGUCUGUCUCUCUCUCUCUCUUUUCCUCCCUCCGUCUGUCUCUCUCUCUCUUUCCUCCUCUCCCUCCGUCUGUCUCUCUCUCUCUCUUUCCUCCCCUCCGUCUGUCUCUCUCUCUCUCUUUUCCUCCCUCCGUCUGUCUCUCUCUUUUUUCCUCCUCUCUCUCUCUCUCUCUUUUCCCUCCCUCCGUCUCUCUCUCUCUCUUUUCCUCCCUCCGUCUGUCUCUCUCUCUUUCCUCCCUCCCUCCGUCUCUCUCUCUCUUUUCCUCCCUCCGUCUGUCUCUCUCUCUCUUUUUCCUCCCUCUCUUCCCCCCUCUGUCUCUCUCUCUCUUUUCCUCCCUCCGUCUGUCUCUCUCUCUCUUUCCUCCCUCCGUCUGUCUCUCUCUCUCUUUUCCUCCCUCCGUCUGUCUCUCUCUCUUUCCUCCCUCCGUCUGUCUCUCUCUCUUUUCCUCCCUCCGUCUGUCUCUCUCUCUCUUUUCCUCCCUCCGUCUGUCUCUCUCUCUCUUUUCCUCCCUCCGUCUGUCUCUCUCUCUCUUUUCCUCCCUCCGUCUGUCUCUCUCUCUCUUUUCCUCCCUCCGUCUGUCUCUCUCUCUCUUUCCUCCUCCGUUCUCUCUCUCUUUUCCUCCCGUCUGUCUCUCUCUCUCUUUCCUCCCUCCGUCUGUCUCUCUCUCUUUUCCUCCCUCCGUCUGUCUCUCUCUCUCUUUUCCUCCCUCCGUCUGUCUCUCUCUCUCUUUUCCUCCCUCCGUCUGUCUCUCUCUCUCUUUUCCUCCCUCCGUCUUUCUCUCUCUCUCUCUCUUUUCCUCCCUCCGUCUGUCUCUCUCUCUCUUUUCCUCCCUCCGUCUCUCUCUCUCUCUCCUUUUCCUCCCUCCGUCCGUCUCUCUCUCUUUUCCUCCCCUCCGUCUGUCUCUCUCUCUCUUUCCUCCCUCCGUCUGUCUCUCUCUCUCUUUCCUCCCUCCGUCUGUCUCUCUCUCUCUUUUCCUCCCUCCCGUCUGUCUCUCUCUCUCUUUUCUCCCUCCGUCUGUCUCUCUCUCUUUUCCUCUGUCUCUCUCUCUCUUUUCCUCCCUCCGUCUGUCUCUCUCUCUCUUUUCCUCCCUCCGUCUGUCUCUCUCUCUUUUCCUCCCCUCCGUCUGUCUCUCUCUCUCUCUCUUCUGUCUCUCCUCUCUUUUCCUCCCUCCGUCUGUCUCUCUUCUCUUCCCUCCGUCCGUCUCUCUCUCUUCUCUUCCCUCCGUCCGUCUCUCUCUCUUCUCUUCUCUCCGUCCGUCUCUCUCUCUUCUCUUCUCUUCAUCUGUCUCUCUCUCUUCUCUUCUCUUCCCUUCCCUCCGUCUGUCUCUCUCUCUUUUCCUUAAAUACAGAAAUCAUACAUGUCUUUACUCUUUCUCUGACAAACUGA